AUGACAUCGGGAGCACCUGACGCAUGGGAUGGCAUUGCCGCCGCCGCUGGUGCGCUGGCGGCCUCCAGCCAUGCCAUCGCCCUGACCGGGGCCGGUCUGUCGGUGGAGAGCGGGAUACCGUCGUUCCGGGGGCCGGACGGGUUGUGGACACGGUACGGCCAGCCCAGCAACCUGUCGUACCGGGAGUUUGUGGCCGAUCCGCAGGGAUGGUGGGAGCAGCGGUUGCAUGAUGAGGUAACGGCGGGAAACCCUACCUACGACCUCAAGGAUGCGGCGGACAAUGCCGACCCAAACCCCGGGCAUCUGGCGCUGGUGCAACUGGAGCAGGCGGGCGUGCUGAAGGCGACCAUCACCCAGAACGUGGAUGACCUGCACGGACGCGCCGGGAGCCGGGCGCUGCUGGAAAUCCACGGGAACCGAAAUUUCAUGCGGUGCGUGGGAUGCGGUCAGCGGUGGCCCCGGUCGGGUUACGUGAUCACCGACGUGCCGCCGGUAUGCGAUGCGUGUGGCGGCGUGGUCAAGCUGGACACGGUGAUGUUCGGGGAGCCGAUACCCAGUGCGACGCUGGAAGCUUGCUUCGCUGAAGUACAACGGUGUGACGCCAUGUUGCUGGUGGGCACCUCCGGCACGGUUAACCCGGCGGCGCAGUUCCCGUUGCUGGCCAGGGACCUGGGGGCAAAAAUCAUUGAGGUGAACCCGGGGCCAACGCAACUGACCGAUGCUGCCGACAUAGCGAUCAACGGGCCGGCCGGGGUGGUGCUGCCAGGAAUCGUAGAAUUGGUGCAGCAACGGCUGGGGCGCAAAGGGGAGGAUGAGGGCUAA